AUGGCUGCCGGAAGGUUACUGCUCUACACGGGCCUCUCGCUAGCGCUCUGCGCCCUCGGCAUGCUGGCCGUGGCCAUCUGCUCGGACCACUGGUACGAGACGGACGCCAGGAAGCACAGGGACAGGUGCAAGGCCUUUAACACACGCCGGGUCGACCCUGGCUUCAUUUACAACAAUAACAACAACUUGCCGCUCCGGGCGAGCCGCUCGCGCCUGGACCGCUGGGAGGGCAAACUCCUCCGGGCCCGGAAUCGCCGGCAGCUCUUCGCUAUGAGCCCUGCCGACGAGUGCAGCCGGCAGUACAACUCCACUAACAUGGGCCUCUGGAGGAAGUGUCACCGGCAGGGCUUCGACCCGGAGAUCGCCGCCCUCAUUCGGAAAGGAGAAAUUGAGCGAUGCACGUACAUCAAAUACCACUACUCCUCAGCCACCAUCCCCAGAAACCUCACUUUCAAUAUCACGAAGACCAUCCGUCAGGACGAGUGGCAUGCCCUACACCUGCGCAGAAUGACAGCCGGCUUCAUGGGCAUGGCGGUGGCCAUCAUCCUCUUUGGCUGGAUCAUCGGUGUGCUGGGCUGCUGCUGGGACCGGGGCCUUAUGCAGUAUGUGGCAGGGCUGCUCUUCCUCAUGGGAGGAACCUUCUGCAUCAUUUCACUGUGCACCUGUGUGGCUGGGAUCAACUUCGAGCUGUCACGCUACCCACGCUACCUGUAUGGACUUCCUGACGACAUCAGCCAUGGCUAUGGCUGGUCUAUGUUCUGUGCAUGGGGGGGCCUGGGCCUCACACUAAUCUCGGGAUUCUUCUGUACCUUGGCCCCUUCUGUCCAACCUGUCCCGAGGACCAACUGCCCUAAAUCCAGACCCGAGAAUGGGACAGUGUGCUAA